AUGGAGGAGAUCCACGAGACAUCCUCAUCCACUCGCCUCUGCGACGAAGAGAAGCUACCACCCCGCAAGAUUCCUUGGAUUCGCCGUCACCCAUACCGCACCCUCGGCGCCGUGGCAGGGACUAUCGCUCUCCUCGGCAUCACCCUGGGAGUAGGGUUGAGUGUCGGACUCACAAAUUCUGGAGAUGCACCAGAAUCUUCUCCCACCAUCGUCUCCGCCAAACGAUCUGCUCCUGCCGUCGCUUCAGCAUCUCCAGCAUCAGUUUGCAAACCUGGAGUGCUGAGUGUACUAGGCGGAGUCAAUGUCUAUGCAAACAGCACCCCGCUCUGGCAACCUCUUCCCGGUACACCAUGGCAGAUUGUACUCAGCAGUCCUGUCAAUGCUUGGAAGCCUAUGGUGCCUGCUCUAUCGAUCUAUGAUAUCGAUAUGUAUGGGAACAAUGCUUUGAACAUUCAACAAAUGCACCUUCAAGGCAUCAAGGUCAUCUGUUACUUCUCGGCUGGUAGCUGGGAGGUUUGGAGACCCGAUGCCGGACUCUUUCCACCUCAAGACCUUGGGCGUGAUCUCAGUGGUUGGCCGGGUGAGAGAUGGGUGAACACUGAUAGUAAGAAUGUACGAGACAUUAUGGCAGAAAGGAUCAGGUUGGCGGCUGAAAAGGGUUGUGAUGCUGUUGAUCCGGAUAAUAUGGACGGCUUUGAAACAAACACAGGCUUCCCGCUCAACGCAAACACCGCACUGGACUAUCUCUCCUUUCUCUCCUUGACAGCUGCAAAAUACAACAUGGCCAUCGGUCUCAAGAACGCCGGUUCAAUCGCUGCAAACGCUACUUGCAUGGUCGAAUUCGCCAUCGUGGAAUCAUAUAUUGCUCACGCCGAAUGCGCCAUCUAUCAAAACUUCAUCACAGCUGGCAAACCAGUCUUCCAGAUCGAAUAUCCUCUGGGUGCUCCUGGAUUCGUGAGCACCCAAGCGUUGAAGCAAAGCUGUAAGAUCAAUCGAAAUAUUGGAUUCUCGGAAGUGAUCAAGAGCAAAGAGUUGGGUGGCUGGGUCGAGUAUUGUGAUGGCACUGUGUUCAAUACUCCAACAUACACAUAG